CGUUUCCUCAUCAUCAUUUCGGUGCCUCAUUUUGACCUGGAAUCUGGCUGGGAACACCACCAGCAGCAAAAAGUCCCCAAGGGCAGACCGCAAAUUCUGUGUUACACAAAGCACGCACGCACACACGCUGCAUCCGCUAGAUAUCCGUCACGUCUUAUCAGGCUCGGCAAACACCGCCAGCCGCCCAAGCCAUGCUCUUCAUCGGGCUCACGGGCUCCAUAGCCACCGGCAAAUCCACCGUGUCCUCCAUCCUCACAGCGCCACCGUACUCGCUCCCCAUCAUCGACGCCGAUGUCCUGGCGCGCAAGGUCGUCGAGCCCGGCACGCCCGGCUACUCGGCCAUCGUAAAGUACUUUGGCCCGACGACGCCAGACCUGCUGGUCCCAGCGUCCUCGACGAUGCCGGAACACGGGCCGAACGGGAAAGGCCGCCCUCUGAACCGCCCGGCCCUGGGGAGGCGGGUGUUUGGGGACAGCGAGGAGCGGAAAAAGGAGCGUGGCGUGCUCAACGGCAUCAUCCACCCGGCGGUGCGCAAGGAGAUCUACACGGCGCUGCUGUGGUGCUACCUCAGGGGCCACUGGGCCGUCGUGCUCGACGUGCCGCUGCUGUUCGAGAGCGGGUUCGACCUCAUGUCCGGCGUGGUGGUGACCGUCGCCGUCCGGGACCCGGAGGUCCAGAUGCGCCGGCUCAUGGAGCGGGAUCCGCACCUCACGCGCGAGGACGCGCAGAACCGCGUGCUCAGCCAGGCGGACGUGCGGCUCAAGGCGAAGCGGUGCGAGGCGCGCGGGGAGGGCCGGGGCGUGGUGGUCUGGAACGACGGGUCGCGCGAGCAGCUCAAGGCCGAGAUUGACCGGGCCAUCGCGCAGAUUCGCAAGGGCAGUCCGUCGUGGUGGAGCUGGUUGUGUCUGCUGGUGCCGCCGCUGGGGGUCGCGUCCGGGUUGUGGACGUACUGGCAUAAUGUUGCUAUCAAUCGGCGGUGGAAGGAGAUGGAGCUCAAGGAGAAGGCCAAGCUGUGAUGGAUAAGUGCUGGAUGAUUAGGCAGUGGUUGUGCUGCCAGUCGUUGGUUGCUGGGGAGAAAUGUUUGACAGAAAGCCCGCAUAGAAAGGCAGGUGCAGCCACCAGGCAUGGCUUGAAUGCUUCGGUCCGCUCCCACCUCGCACGAGGAAACACUCACAAACCUCAACACCGUAUUCUCACCCAUCUUGGCCGUCCUACCGUCCUUGUAUUUUUGGCAUUGCCCUUCGCUUCUGAGCUGUCACUCAAGUCUUCGCUGCUUGCCGGAUUACAGAAGUGCUUGCUUUUCUGUCUAGACGCUAUUACACGCCUGUUGGACUCAGGCGCUUCCGCCACCUCCAUGACCACGAUGGUGACGGCGACCAUACAGAACUGAAGCUUGAUAGAUAGGGACUGUAGCCCGAUAACUUGG